AUGGCUGACGAGUCCCAAAAGAUACCAGUGGCCGCUUCGGAGGCCCGUCGUCUGGUUGAAGACAUCCUCAAAGGCAAUGGCGUUCCCGAAGAAAACUCAAAGAUAGUCGCCCGGUGCCUCGUCGCUGCCGACCUUCGCGGUGUCGACACUCACGGCAUGAACCGCAUUCCUUCCUACAUGGAGCGUGUCCGCCAGGGUGUGCUCAACGCCACAGCCCAGCCCGAGCUGAAGCAAGUCACACCGGUUGUGGCGCACGUCGACGGCAAAAACGGCUUCGGCUUCGUUGCGGCAGAGAUGGGGAUGGCAGCUGCCAUCGAGUCUGCCAAGACUUUCGGCAUCGGCAUGGCAAGUGUGUCGCAUUCCAACCACUUUGGCAUGAGUGCGUGGGUGGUGCAGCAGGCUCUUGAUGCGGACAUGAUGAGUUUGGUGUUCACCAACUCGAGUCCUGCGCUGCCGGCGUGGGGCGGGCAGAGCAAGCUCAUGGGUGUUUCACCGAUUGCUUGUGGUGCGCCGGGGAAGGACAAGCCUUUCAUCCUGGACAUGGCCCCGUCAGUCGCGGCCAGGGGCAAGAUUUACAAGGCCAAGAGACGCGGCGAAAAGAUUCCUCUUGACUGGGCGCUAGAUGCUGAGGGACGUCCUACGGAUGAUCCCACCGCAGCAUUGGGAGGUGUCAUGCUGCCGAUGGGUGGCCCCAAGGGUUCGGCAUUAGCAAUCAUGAUGGAUGUGUUCUCUGGUGUCUUUUCUGGCUCUGCUUUCGCUGGUCACGUCACUAACCCGUACGACCCUUCAAAACCAGCGGACGUCGGCCACUUCCUAGUCGCCAUCAAGCCAGACCUCUUUAUGAGUCUGGACGACUUCCGUGAAAGGAUGGACUAUUUGUACCAGCGUGUUGUUGGGUCAGACAAGGCGGCAGGAGUAGACAGGAUAUACUUUCCGGGUGAGAUUGAGCAGUUGCAACAGCAGGAACGGGAAAAGACAGGCAUACCCUUGGUACAGGCUGAGAUUGAUGCUCUCAACGAGGAGGCAACAAAAGUUGGCGCCAAGCCUUUGGUAACCCAGGUAGCUGCAUGA